AUGAAGCAAUUUCUCGAGGGAGUGCAAUACUCCGGAAGGUACUACACCGUGAAUUUUCCGAAGAGAGAAACCAUCGACCAUUUCCAGAAUAACUACUCCACCGCUAGAACGCGGCUGGACCGAAAAAUUGCCCAACUCCAACGUGACCCGAUCGCUUACAGUCGAUACCACAAAGAAAUAAUGAAGUUUGUCGACAGUGGUUUCGCGGCGGCGGUCCCUCCAGAUGAAUUCCCUGCACUCACACGGUGCGAUGGCUCCUAUUUCAUGCCACACCACGAGGCGAUCACCUCGAGGCCAACCGGAGACCGUUGGAGGAUAGUUUUUGACUGCUCUGCCAAAGCUGGUGGCCAGACAUCCCUGAAUCAGCACCUGCUCAUCGGUGAGAACCCCAAUCCGGACCUUGUGACCCUGCUCCUCAACUUCAGGCUCAGGCCCGUGGCCGUCGGUGCAGAUAUUGCCGGAGCCUAUAUGACAUUGCGCGUCGCAGAGAGGGAUCAACGGCUGUCUCAGUUCUUGUGGAGACCGCCGGGAUCGGACGAGGUUCAUGCCUUUCGGAUGCUUCGCGUGACGUGGGGAGCGGCCUCUUCGGGCUUUCUCCUCGCGGCCACGAUACGACACCACCUGAAGAGAGCGGACGGAAUCGCCGCUGGGCUCGGGGCCUCUCUUUACGCGGACGACUGCCUGCAGGGAUUCGACACGGUUGCGGAGGCGCAGCAGUUCACCGAUGCAAUUCGAGAAGUCCUCGGAUCGGCGGACAUGAAACUCGCUAAAUGGAAAUCAAGUUCGCAAGAGGUUUUGGAUCACCUUGCCGCAUCGGGAGUCGCGCCGGAGGACUUUGACUCAGCGCCCGGGGACCUACUAAAGGUUCUCGGUGUUUCUUGGGAGCCGCUCCGGGACAGGCUUCGUUUCGUGUGUCCUCAGCGGAUCCGCGAUCUCGGCCUCGACGGGCCGGUGACCAAGCGUGGAGUUCUUAGCGCCGUCGCGUCGGUCUCCGACCCGCUCGGAUACCUUGGCCCGUAUCUUAUUCGCGGAAAGCUUAUCAUUCAGAAGUUGUGGACUCGGAAGCUGGAAUGGAAUCAACGAAUCCCAGCUGAGUUGGAGUCAGAGCUUCGCGCAUGGGCGCAGGAGUUCAGGGCCUUCGAGAAUUCGGAUAUCGAUCGUCGUAACACCACGCGAAUGGAGACGGCAACGCGCCAUCGUUUGCAUCUAUUCGGAGACGCGUCGCCUCUCGCUUACGCAGCAGCCGCCUACCUAGAGCGAGUUUACGCCGACGGCACUAACGAAUGUUCGCUCCUCAUGGCCAAGUCGAAAUUAGCGCCGCGCGAGCAUCAGUCGCUUCCGCGCCUGGAGCUGCUGGCAGCUCUCAUCGCCGUUCGAUUGAAAAACUUCUUACUGGAGCGGCUGGAUCUGAAGAUCGACGGCGUAAGAUUCUACACCGACUCCAUGAUCGUAUAUCACUGGACUACUGGUGCGGAACCUGGGAGUUAG